GCCAUGGAGAAGGUUCUAGUCUCAAGCUAGCAGCCAGAACCAAACAAGACGUGGCAAUUAAGAAGUAGAAGAGAGACAAGGAAGUGGGGUCCAUUGUGCCUAAAUUUCUUCGCGGGGACUCCCUGCUCCGUAGCGCGCAACCUCUGCGCCUUUGGGCGAAACUUGGUGGCUGGGCGUGUUGCCCCGGGCGUCUGGCUGUGUCUCCAGAAGGUGGGUAGCGUCCCGGGGUUUGGAGGAGCUCAGGCCUGGGCUCUGGCCGGGAAAGAGGGAGGGCCCACAAGGUUUCACCUACUGUUUGCACUUAAAGGUGUGUUGGGCUCAGGAGCGGCUUUCCCGGUGCUUGGCAAUUGCCCCUGCCGCUUCCCGGCUAUGGUUGGCCGGUGCCUCCCUCCGCGGUUCGCCCUCUUGGGGCGCCGCGCCCUGAGCAGCUCCGCACCCCAGGCUUCACCUCUGGCCUCUUUUCUCCUUCCUGCGCCAGGCCUUCUCCCUUGACCCUUUAGAACCCCCGGCUUAGUUCCCCCACAGUCGACAUUUUUCCAUGCCCCCCAUCCCUCUCGAUUACCUCCAAAGGGGUGACCCCCACAAGCGACUCCGGCCCUCCCCUCCGCGCCCUUCACCCCUCACCCUUUUCCCGUCUGGCCUCGGCUACCCUUCGGGUGGCAACCGCCUCUUCCCCGCCCCUCACGUCUCCCCCUCCUUCCUUCUCGCCCUCCCGUCUCCAUUCAUCCAGCCAUUGUCUCCCGCCCCCUCCUCCCCUUUCCCCAGGCGGCCUCCACCCCCACCUCUGCCACGUCGUGGUUUGAAGGAGCCAAUGGGCCGGCGCCGCCAGGUGUCUCUUACCUGCACCACGUGGGGGAGGGGGAAGGGGCGGGCAGGUAGAGCCACAUCCCAAAACAGAAAAGCUUUCAGCCAUUGCGCGCUCCACCCGGGGUGCAGCCCAGCUCCUGGCUUUUUGCAUAGACUCACGGGCAAUUGAAUACAAAAAGGGCAGGCCUCCUGCGCCCUCCUUCCCACCCCCUUCCUGCCCAGGGUGUGGAGCACCGACCAGGUGUGGGCUAGGGUGGUUGGUUACCGCCUUUUGCACCGGCGGCGGCGAGGAGGGGGGGGCGGGCGCUCUUUCUUCUUUUUCUCUUGGAAGAGGUUUUAGCACGGGUUUUCUCGUUCUCACUUCCACCCCGCCUCACCGCCUCCCGACCCCCCUCUCCCCCUCCCCACCUAUCGUCAUGACGGCGUCUCCGGAUUACUUGGUGGUGCUUUUUGGGAUCACUGCUGGGGCCACCGGGGCCAAGCUGGGCUCGGAUGAGAAGGAGCUGAUCCUGCUGUUAUGGAAAGUCGUGGAUCUGGCCAACAAGAAGGUGGGACAGUUGCAUGAAGUGCUAGUUAGACCGGAUCAGUUGGAGCUGACGGAGGAUUGUAAAGAAGAAACGAAGAUCGACGCGGAAAGCCUGUCCUCCGCGCCGCAGCUGGACCAAGCCCUUCGACAGUUUAACCAGUCAGUAAGCAAUGAACUGAAUAUUGGGGUUGGAACUUCCUUCUGUCUGUGUACUGACGGGCAGCUUCAUGUCAGGCAAAUCUUGCAUCCUGAGGCUUCCAAGAAGAAUGUAUUAUUGCCUGAAUGCUUCUAUUCCUUUUUUGAUCUUCGAAAAGAAUUCAAGAAGUGUUGCCCUGGUUCACCUGAUAUUGAUAAACUGGAUGUUGCAGCAAUGACAGAGUGUUUAAACUUUGAGAAGAAUAGUUCAGUCUCCCGGUAUGGAGCCUCUCAAGUUGAAGAUAUGGGGAAUAUAAUUUUAGCAAUGAUUUCAGAGCCUUAUAAUCAUAGGUUUUCAGAUCCAGAGAGAGUAAAUUACAAAUUUGAAAGUGGCACUUGCAGCAAGAUGGAACUUAUUGAUGACAACACCAUAGUCCGGGCAAGAGGUUUACCAUGGCAGUCUUCAGAUCAAGACAUUGCAAGAUUCUUCAAAGGACUCAAUAUUGCCAAGGGAGGUGCAGCACUUUGUCUGAAUGCCCAGGGUCGAAGGAACGGAGAAGCUCUGGUUAGGUUUGUAAGUGAGGAACACAGAGACCUAGCAUUACAGAGGCACAAACAUCACAUGGGGACCCGGUACAUUGAGGUUUACAAAGCAACAGGUGAAGAUUUUCUUAAAAUUGCUGGUGGUACGUCCAAUGAGGUAGCCCAAUUUCUCUCCAAAGAAAAUCAAGUCAUUGUCCGCAUGCGGGGGCUCCCUUUCACGGCCACAGCUGAUGAAGUGGUGGCCUUCUUUGGACAGCAUUGCCCCAUCACUGGGGGGAAGGAAGGCAUCCUUUUCGUUACCUACCCAGAUGGUAGGCCAACAGGGGAUGCUUUUGUUCUCUUUGCCUGUGAGGAAUAUGCACAGAAUGCAUUGAGGAAGCAUAAGGACUUGUUGGGUAAAAGAUACAUUGAACUCUUCAGAAGCACAGCAGCUGAAGUCCAGCAGGUGCUGAAUCGAUUCUCUUCGGCCCCUCUUAUUCCACUUCCAACCCCUCCCAUUAUUCCAGUACUACCUCAGCAAUUUGUGCCCCCUACAAAUGUUAGAGACUGUAUACGCCUUCGAGGUCUUCCCUAUGCGGCUACAAUUGAGGACAUCCUGGACUUUCUGGGGGAGUUUUCCACAGAUAUUCGAACUCAUGGGGUUCACAUGGUAUUGAAUCACCAGGGCCGCCCAUCAGGAGAUGCCUUUAUCCAGAUGAAGUCUGCGGACAGAGCAUUUAUGGCUGCACAGAAGUGUCAUAAAAAAACCAUGAAGGACAGAUAUGUUGAAGUCUUUCAGUGUUCAGCUGAGGAGAUGAACUUUGUGUUAAUGGGGGGCACUUUAAAUCGAAAUGGCUUAUCCCCACCGCCAUGUAAGUUACCAUGCCUGUCUCCUCCCUCCUACACAUUUCCAGCUCCUGCAGCGGUUAUUCCUACCGAAGCUGCCAUUUAUCAGCCCUCUGUGCUUUUGAAUCCACGAGCACUACAGCCCUCCACGGCAUACUAUCCGGCGGGCACCCAGCUCUUCAUGAACUACACUGCAUACUACCCCAGCCCCCCAGGUUCGCCCAAUAGUCUUGGCUACUUCCCUACAGCUGCUAAUCUUAGCGGUGUCCCUCCACAGCCUGGCACGGUGGUCAGAAUGCAGGGCCUGGCCUACAAUACUGGAGUUAAGGAAAUUCUUAACUUCUUCCAAGGUUACCAGUACGCAGCCGAUGAUGGACUUGUACACACAAAUGACCAGGCCAGGACUCUACCCAAAGAAUGGGUUUGUAUUUAAGGGCCCCAGCAGUUAGACCAUCCUCAGAAAAGAAGUGUUUGAAAGAUGUAUGGUGAUCCCGAAACUGUCAGAUAUAUCAACUUCUAGCAACUUCAGGGGAAGUUUGUCUACACUCAGGCUGCAGUAUUUUCAGCAUACGUGAUUGGACAGUGGGCCUGUGCCCUAUCUUUUGGUAGAGGAAAAAAUUUGAGCCAAUGAAGCCAAAUCCUUCUAGCAAGCAGCAUGCCUGGCUCCUUGCUGAUUGCAAAUAGGCAUUUAAAAUGUGAAUUGGAAAUUGAGUGACUCUAAUACUUACAGCUAACGUGGCAUCAUAGGUGUUUCCUAAGUUUUAAGUCUUGGACAAAAAAUACUAGUGUCUACCGUCUCCAUCAGGAACUCUGUUGUGGAAGCUUCAUUUGUGUGUUUCCAUUUUUCUAUCUCCAUCUCCCUAUCUUCUGCACGAGUGUGCCCUCUUAACUAAGUAAUUCAAGAAUAAGAUCUUGGAAUACUUGAGUCACAAACUUAAGAAAUAAAACUAUUCUCCCACUAUCUUGGCCAUCAUGGUGUCUUACAGUUAAAAACGAAU